AUGGCAAUGGCAAAUAAUAAAACUGUAUGUUUUAUAUGUAAUGAAGAAAAAAUAACAUAUCCUUGUAAAGGAUGUUCCAAAGAAUUCUGUUUUAUGGAUUUAGCAAAACAUAAACAAAUAUUAAAUGAAGAAUUACAUCAUAUCACCGAUGAAUAUAAUGAAUGUAAACAAACAAUUAAUGAACAAAAACACAAUCCACAAAAUCAUUCAUUAAUCAAACAAAUUGAUCAAUGGGAAAUAGAUUCAAUUCAAAAAAUUCAACAAAAAGCGCAGGAGUGCAGAGAAAUCUUCAUUAAAUCAUCAGAAACAUGUAUUAAUGAUAUUGAGAUGAAAUUUAAUGAUGUAAAUCAACAAAUAAAACAAUUUCAAAAAGAAAACGAAUUUAAUGAAAUUAAUUUAAAUUAUUUAAGGAAUCAACUAAGAAAAAUUACAGAAGAAUUAAAUAAUCCAUCAAAUAUGUUUAUUCAACAAAAUCCACAAUCAUUUAUUAAUGAUAUUUCAAUUACUUUUCCAAAAAAACCGAAAUGGGACAAAUGGAAACAAAAUGCAAUCACUGUGGCUGGUGGAAACGGAGAAGGUCAAGAAUUAAAUCAACUCAGUCGUCCUUUUGGAAUCUUUAUUGAUGGAAAGAAAAAUAUUUUCGUUGCUGAUUUUUGGAAUCACCGUAUUAUUGAAUGGAAACAUAAUGCAAAGGAAGGAAAAAUCAUUGCAGGUGCAAAUGGCAGAGGAAACCAAAUAGAUCAAUUGAAUUGUCCAACAGACGUGAUUUUUGAUCAACAGAGUCGUUCGACCAUCAUUGCUGAUCAAGGGAACAGACGAGUGAUUCAAUGGUUGAAUCAAAAUCAACAAAUUCUCAUUGAUAAUAUUGACUGUUGGGGCUUGGCAAUGGAUAAACAUGGAUUUCUUUAUGUUUCUGAUUAUAUGAAGAAUGAAGUCAGACGAUGGAAAAUGGGAGAAUAUGACAAUGAAGGAAUUGUAGCGGCAGGUGGAAAUGACAAAGGAAAUCAACUCAAUCAACUCCAUGCUCCUACUUUCAUCUUUGUUGACGAAAAUGAAUCUGUUUAUGUAUCUGAUGUGAACAAUCAUCGUGUGAUGAAAUGGAGAAAAGAUGCAAAGGAAGGAACAGUUGUGGCUGGAGGAAAUGGUCAAGGAAGAAAUCUCAAUCAAUUGUUUUAUCCUCAAGGAAUAAUUGUUGAUGAUUUGGGUCAAACCUAUGUAGCAGAUUCUUACAAUCAUCGAGUAAUGCGUUGGCGUGAAGGAAAAGAAGAAGGUGAAAUUGUUGUUGGUGGAAGUGGUGAAGGAAAUCAAUCAAAUCAAUUACAUCGUCUCUGUGGUUUAUCUUUUGAUAAUGAAGGAAAUCUUUAUGUUGCUGAUCAUUUUAAUCAUCGAAUUCAAAAAUUUGACAUAAUUUUGUGA